GCUCCUCCGGGGUGGUCCCGCGGCACCAUCGCAGCCGGGGGGCCCUCGGGACCCCCCCGCACAGCCCCCCAUGCGCUGUCCGGCCCGGGGGGGCCCCCCCGGCACCUGAGGGGGGGCAGGGCCCCCCCAGCGCCCCCCCAGCCAUGAUGUUCCGGGACCAGGUGGGGAUCGUGGCCGGGUGGUUCCGGGGCUGGAGCGAGUGCGAGCAGACGGUGGCUCUGCUGGCGCUGCUCAAACGGGUCACGAGGACACAGGCCCGGUUCCUGCAGCUCUGCCUCGAGCACUCCCUGCAGGACUGCCCCGACAUCCACCGGCGCGAGGCCGAGGCCAACAGUGCCGCCCUGCCCUGCCAGCUGCACCCCAGCCCCCUGAAGCGCUCGCUGUCGCUGGUGCCCGGCAGCCCCCAGCCCGGCCAGGGGGGCGAGUGGGCGGGGGGCGGGGGCCCCGAGGACCCCCCCGCGGCCCCCAGGGCCCCCCCCCCGUUCGGGGAACACGCCCCCCUGUCCCCCCAGAGCAGCGUGGCCUCGUCGGGCAGCGAACACACCGAGGAGCCCGGCGGGCGCAACUCCUUCCAGGAGGACGGCAGCGGCAUGAAGGACGUCCCCUCGUGGCUCAAGAGCCUGCGGCUGCACAAGUACGCGGCGCUGUUCGCCCAGAUGAGCUACGAGGAGAUGAUGACGCUGACGGAGCAUCACCUGGAGUCACAGAACGUCACCAAGGGCGCCCGGCACAAGAUCGCCCUGAGCAUCCAGAAGCUGCGGGAGCGGCAGAGCGUCCUCAGGGCGCUGGAGAAGGGGUGA